AUUGCUUUCGUUGCCGUUCGGACUCAUUUACUCGCCGGACAGAAUUACAAUUAGCUUCUGUUUGACAUUUUCCUGCUCGAAAUUAUAGAAUAUUUCGACUAUCGGCUGUUACUGUGUUGUUGUUGUUUUUUUCACCGAAUUUAAACAUUAACGGAUGUUCGCUGACAGUCGGUGUCGCAGAUAAAACCAGUCAAAAAGGUGAAAGUGUUGAAGCCGGAGCGGCGGUGUGUAUGAACCGCUACAUGAUACGUGUACGGUAACAGUUAACGUGAGGAGGGUUGUUCGCUCACAGAUGGACAGAUAGACAUGGGCCCAGAACAAACCGGUUAAGGUGUAAAACUACAGUGCCGUUGGGAAUGUGUGCUCAAAGAGAGAGUGAAGAGUUCUCAUAGAGGACAGUUUGGUCUCCGUCAACGCGUACAAAUGAGAAAGGAUGGACAAGUGAAAAAUCAGUCAUUAUGAUGAACAGCACGUUUUGUGUUGGUUUGAGUAGUUGAAGCCGUAGAAGUAGUUGUCGUUGUUUGGAAUUUAACUGGACUGAAAAUCAGGCAGGUUGUAAGGAUGAUGUAUUCAUCGAAAAGAAAACCCGUGCUGUACUUAAAAGAGGAGAGAAGAAAUGAGAACCCUAAAGUUCCCCGUCAAGGACAGAAGUUUCUGUCUGGUAAAUGUACGGUCUACAAAUUGUUCGGCCUUUGCAUGGUGCUGCUGCUCGUCUCUCUUCUCUGGCUGCAGCUCAGCUGUUCAGGUGACAUGUUCGCCUCCACACGUGAAGACCAACGCCCCCCUCAGCACCCACCCUGCCCAGCUGAUAGUCUGGCGUCUGCAGUGGACGACCGCUCCUGGGGUCCUCACAAAUUGGCCCUCAUCGUCCCCUUCAGAGAACGCUUUGAGGAGCUGCUCGUGUUUGUCCCUUUCAUGCACACCUUCCUCAACAAGAAGAAGAUCCGACACAAGAUCCUUGUCAUCAACCAGGUGGAUCACUACAGAUUUAACCGAGCAUCUCUGAUCAAUGUGGGUCACCUGGAGAGCGGAAAUGACACAGACUACCUGGCGAUGCACGACGUGGACCUGCUGCCUCUGAACGAAGCUCUUGAGUACGGCUUCCCCGAGGAUGGACCUUUUCACGUGGCCUCACCUGAGCUGCACCCGCUGUACCACUACAAGACCUAUGUGGGAGGAAUCCUGCUGCUCACCAAGAAACACUACAGCAUGUGUAACGGGAUGUCAAACCGGUUCUGGGGUUGGGGCAGAGAGGAUGACGAGUUCUACAGAAGACUGCGAAAAGCUGAGUUACAGCUGUUCAGACCAAGUGGAAUCACAACAGGAUAUAAAACAUUCCUCCACAUCCAUGACCCGGCCUGGAGGAAGAGAGACCAGAAGAGAGUGGCAGCUCAGAAACAGGAGCAGUUUAAGGUGGAUCCGGAGGGGGGGCUCACUAACCUUCGUUACCAGGUGGAGUCCCGACAGGAGUUGACUAUCAGCGGUGCUCCCUGCACAAUCAUCAACAUAAAACUGGAGUGUGACCGGUACGAGACGCCGUGGUGUCUACUGGCAUAGAGGACAUACGCUGCAUGUCAGUGCUGCACAGGCCUUUUAAUGGAAACACUGGUUUCCCAAGAGAGGUUUCUCUAGCUGAAAGUUUGUCUAUUUCAUGGAGAAGAGUGACCUUUAGCAGAACCACAAGUUGCUGUGCUGACUGGAAUAAUAAUAGUGCAAACAGACAUAUUGAACACUGAAUUGAUGAGAAACAGGUCCAAGCAUGUGGUAACCUGGAAGCAAAUAUCCCUGAGAAUCAAACAGACUUCAUUUCCAUACAGUCAGGUACAUGUCAACAGUUUGCAGUGGAUUGAAACCUCCUGAUGAUAGUUAUAUUAAUAGAACUUUGGUUCCAUCUCCUGAACCGACCUGAUAAGUGGACUGUUUGGUGUUUGACCUCAAAACUCAGGGCAGUGGAUGCUGUGGAGGAGACAGUCUGACCUGAAACGCGUGUGUGUGGCUAAACCUGAGUGUCCUUCAGUGAUUAAUGUCUGGUUUUCAUACCUGCUGGUGUAAAUGUAAACUUGGAAAUACAAAGUCUUUUUUCUUACUCUGGGGCUGUGCAAAUAGAGCAGAGAUGGUAGAUCGACUGCUGCCAACAAAGCAUGCUUCAUAUAUCAUCUGCCAGACAUGUUUCAUACUGUGACAUCAGAGGGGGGAUUUGGAGAAAAGGAUCCAUUUUAGACAAAAGUCAUCUGCAGAGCUGACUACUGUUAUUGAACGUAUCUGAUGGUAUUUUUAUUUUUGUGCUGAUGCUGAGUGAGGUUUUAUCUCACGGCAAUAAGUGUUUUUAUUGUUUUAUAUUUUUAGAGUGUGUCUGUCUUAGCACAUUGAAUUCACCAAAGAAACAAAUUGAUUCUUUUAUGUGUCUCCUAAUAAUCUCAGAAUUAUGUGUUUAUUUUUCUUUGGUGAAUGUGAUGUGCUUCUGUUCAAAGUAAACUGAGCCAAACCAGGCUGAACUGAACUGCAGAAGAUGUGAUGACGAGAUGGGCAGGAACAUCUGCUACAACUGAACAUUUUUUGGAGAAGCAUUAUAUCCACCCAUCCAUUUUCUAUACCGCUUAUCCGUCAGGGUCGCAGGGGGGCUGGACUCUGUCCCAGCUGACUAUGGGUGAGCGGUGGGGUACACCCUGGACUGGUCACCAGUCAGUUGCAGGGCUGAUCCACAAAAGACAGCCAUUCACUCACACCUAGGGGCAAUUUAGAGUAGCCGAUUAACCUAAUGUGCAUGUUUUUGAGAUUGUGGGAAGAAGCCAGAGACAACAUGCAAACUCUGCACAGAAGGGCCCAGACCAGGAUUCGAACCUGGAUCCCUCUUGCUGUGAGGCGAGUGCUAACCACUGCACCACUGUGUGGCCCAGGAAAACUGAUCAGAGAUCAGAAAACAGAGAUUAAUAUUUAAAUCCAAUUUCUCUGGGACUGACUGGUUUCAACUAGAAAUCCAAGGAAGGUGAUGAUGAUGAUGAUGACAGUUGUUUUAGCAAAUUUUCACUGGGCACAACAGGUUGACCUGCUGAGUGAUGUCAAGUCCAGAGAGAAACCAGUUGAGCAUGUAUUUAUUUUGGAUAAAUAUUCUUUUCAUGUAUUUUGAUUUAAUUUGUUGAAAACAUAUUUUUUUAUACACUGUUUUAUCAUCUUCACCAGAUGUAAUGUGCCCCUUCAGAUGGAAAUAAUUUAGGUCAACCUCAUAAAGUCUGCAAAAUCAAAUCUUGUUUCAAAGACAGAGGUCCCAAAUGAGUCCACAGAGGAAAAUAUUUAAGUUGAUGCCCACGUUUGAAAAACUUUCCCCAAAGUUCCUAAACAAAGUGCAUCUCACCUUGCUGCUGUAUUCUCUGGAUUAAAUCAGUACGAAAACAUACUCAAAAACAGAAGACAUUUUUAAAAUGCAUUGGUAGGGUUAUUGGAGAUAUACACCUGCAGACAAUCCUCAGAGCUUACAUUUAAAAAGGGAUUUAAAUAAAAAAAUGCCUUCAAAAGUUUUGAAAGUGAUGUACAAAUAGUUCAGGGGUGAAACGCUCACUGACUUCAGUAGCUGUUGUGCUUGUUGGUGAGAAGCUGGUGAAGGAUGUUGACCUUGUUAAGCCCACAUUUUCAACGCUUCAGCUCUCUGUCGACACACCACCAUCCUGAGGAAAAACUGGGCAGGUUUGAAAUGUUCCAGCAGAAUUUUACCAUGCAAAUUGCUUCUUUGAAUGACACAAAAGACCACAGGAGCCUUUGAACAGGGGCUGAAUGGAUGUCCAGGAGCAAGACUCUGGCUUUUUAGUUUUCUAUUCAGAUUGAUGCUCACACUGUCUUGCUCUCCGCUGUUGUUAUGUGCUUGUCAGCCUCCAGGGUGCGCCUUGGAGUUUUAUAGGGACAUGAGCAGUGGUUUUAGGCUAUCUAUACAUUUACAAGCCACAAUGGCAAACUGAUAUUAUUUUCCAGAGACAAAGGUACCAUGUAUUUAUACAAUAGUAGUAUUUAGAUGACUCUGAGUCUUCAAAAAUAUAAAAAUUUAAAAUAAUGUUUUUCCUUUUCUCACCAUACAGGAUAUGUGUCUCUGUGUGUUUUUGUUCCUAUUAAAUGGGAAGAGUUAUACAUGUUUUGCUUUGUAAGAGAGUAAAGCUUCGAGAGUGAUGACUGACUGGUUUGGUAAACGCUUCCUAAACUUUCUCACCAGUUGUCAGUGUUUGAUAGACAUGUGACUCAUGGUGGGGUGCAGUUUUUAAAUGAGCCAUAAAUCAGUGGUGUACUGUCAAGGAGUGAAAACGAAAUAAAAAAGCACAGAAAGUGGUGAUGCCUUUAUGGU